AUGAAGUGGUUCUGCUUUUUGUUUUGGUUUGUAUACCGAUUUAUUCUCGCUUUUUCGUUUUCUUCGUUUUCUCAGUUUUACACUAACUGUAUCUACUUUACCUUAUGGAAGAGUUACGAUCUACUAUGGUUUUGGAUGCAUCUCACACUAUGUUCCUGCUUCCAAUCAUUACGCCGAGAGAACUACUUGGUUGUGUGGAGCAAUUUGAUUUGGAAACGCUACACAAAAUACCCUGACCACACUUAUAAGGUAAAAACUCCCUUAAAGUUUUCCCUUUUUAAAUAUGAUGUGGCGCUGAGAAUACAACUGACGUCAGUGGAUGUUUUGGCACCUAAUUACACAAACACUUAUGACGUAUACGAUGAAAAGAAACUCGCAAAACGAGCGAGGAGGGAUCGAAAGGCGUUAACUCAGCGAGUGCGUCGUCGUAUCCGCGAGGAAUUAAGGGAAGCGGCUCGUAUAGAACGAAGACGGAAAAAAAUCGCCGAUGCCAUUGAGCUGCUACUUCAACUGCUGAGAAUGAUGACAUCUUUCGCCGUGUUGGUAGGAAAUAUACGGAAAACUUUCAUUCCUGCACAGUUCAAGUACCUCAAGCCUGGCCAUCGAGCGUACGACCACUAUGAACUGCUUCUACUUUUUAGAGUGACGACAUUUCUCGAUGUAAGCAUGUUCUGGGCCAAUGUUAUGUGGGUGUAUUGCCUUCAAUGGCAUUUGUGUUGCCGUCUCGGUUUCGUAAGGUUUUGGAUUGCUAUGGUAGUAAUGAUUGCCCCGAUGAGUUAUGCUAUGAAUAACAUGGAUUUGAGUUGGUGUCGUUUCCGGCCGAACUCGACUUUAGAGAAGUAUCAGCCUAAAUGGUAA